UGAACAGCCACUAAAGCUAACGUAAAAUGUAAAAAAUAUUCAUUUACAUUAUCAUGUCGACCUUUAAUAACAACUUUCAUAAGAAACUAAGAGAGACUAAGUCAAGGAUAAACUGUUUACUGCACACGGCAGGCAUUACAUAUUUAUGUAUCAGUCUUUAGUUAAAUCUCGUAUCAUCAACAUCAUCAAAAAUAAGAAGAAAAGGAAAAUAAAGAUGAAAUUUAUCAGCAUAAAAAUUUUGUGUUUAGCUAUUUUUGUGAAUUUUACUGCAUCGACUUUGAUAAACAGAAAUGCACAAACGGAAAAUAUUAAUGACCUUCGUUACCCAAAGCCUGUAAACAUAACAAGCAUCUUUCCGUUUCGUGUCUUGAAGUCAAUCUUUAAUAUGACAUCGAUCGACAUGUCCUUGGAGCGAGGCUCAAAUCGGAUAACAUCUCAAGUUUCCGCAGUUGUUGACGUGCUGAGACGCGUUCUCCGAUAUAUGGUUCGUAAUGCACUAUCGGUUUCGCCGUUAAGAACGAACCAACCAACCCCUGAAAGUACGACAGUCAUUGACAUAAAUGAUUCGAGAGUGUCGAUUGAUUUGCCAGUGUUUACUGUCGUCAAUGAAACAAUUACAAAUUCAAAAAAUGAAUCUAUCAAUAUCAUUUAAAUUGGAAGUAAUUAGUACAAUAAUUUUAAAGGAAACAAUCAGUAAUUAAUAAUAUAAACGUGCUAUAGAAUAUUUCUUUUUAACAAAAUUAUUAUUAAAACCCUACAAAUUAGUUUUAGUUUUAAUCAAAACCAUAUGAAUGCAAAAUUAUUUCCUGUAUGAAAAUCAUUAAAAUAAAAAUUUGAAAAUUUAUAAUUAAAAUAAUCAGUUGUAAGGGUCAGUAUCCAAUGCUAUUGGUUUAAUUAAACACAAACUUUUUGAAAUAAUCGAUCAUUCAAAAAAUUAUGCAACUUGAUAAUAUUAAGCUAUAAACCCUUUUGUCAAUUAUGUAGGUACUUCACAAAAUAUUUUGAUUAAGCAGCUAAAACACGAGAGAAAGGAACGAGCAAAGAGCAUAUAAAUUAUAAACAUAAUGAGGUAUUUGGUCAAGAUAAAGGUUUUGAAACAUGAAUUAAAAUUGCCUAAUAUCAUGUCCGAAUGAAGAAGAAAACCUGUAACACAUUAAGCUUGAUUAUUGGAUACACAAUAAAUAUGAUAUUUUCAUAUAUU